AUGAUCAAAAGACCUUUGGACACACUCCCGGCCGAGACCCUCAUCAGUAUCGCGGGGUACCUCGAUGGCGUUCAACUGCCAGAUCUCUCGUCCUUCGCCCUCACGAGCAGAGCUUGCAACGCUGCCGCCUCGUGCUACUUGUUUCGCGAUAUUCAUAUUCGAAUCAAACACCCUCGGAAGCUACAGCGAGACGUCGCAAAGUGGCUCACUGUGCUGCAACGCACGAAUGCUUCACGACAUGUUCGACGCCUGGUGAUGACCUUCGAGGACAGGACGCUCCAUCACAGUGAUCUGUAUUCGCCUGACCGGUUGCGCCUGACUGCCGAGACGGUUGACAGUCUCAGCUACGCUAAGCGAAUGUUGCCGAACAACCGCCGUCUUCGCGAUGUCUUCGUAGAUCCCGAGGCAUGGGCUCCCAUGGUCCAGCUGCUGAAGGCCCUGGUCCGAUUGACCAACAUGGUCAUCGAGCACGAGACCAGCUUCUCACCCUUCCUCCUGGAAGCACUUGGGACCCAGCACAACAAAUGUCUACUGGAUCUCAGAUGCUUUGACCUUCACUGCAUUGAAGGUGCUCCUCUCAACCCAUACGAUGUUGCUCUACUCCUGUCGCCCCAGUUACGCAGCGUCUCGAUCAAAGAAUACUUUCAGUCAUUUACCGGCCACACAAAUGAAUCGGCUGUGCUCAAACUCGUCAAAGGUCUAUCGCCGAGCCUCAGGACGGUUGAGCUAGAACCGGUCUUCGGGGCCCGGUAUCAUCGGAGAUGCAACCCGGAAUUCGAGAGCCAGUUGCAAUCUGCGAUAGCACAAGCCAUUGAAGUAAACCUCAAAUACUGGAAAGGCUCGGCGAGUAACAUCUACGCAUCCAAACUUGGCUCAAUACCUUCCUUGUCCAUGCAGAGGACUAGCCCAGAGAGGGUACAAUCGUGGGUCGAAACUACGGACUUUGCACUCUUGCGCCAUCUGAGGCUAAACACGGGGUCGAGAGAGCUGCGCUGGCUUGCGAAACACGCCAAAUUUCGCUGCCUCGACAGCCUCGAGCUGCACAACAGCGGCUACAUCAGCGCUCCUUCUGACACGGAAGGCUUUGACGAUCUGGAGAAUGCCGCCGUAGAUUUCCUGGCCGUCAUCCCCGCGUUGACAACGCUGUCACUCGGGGCCCAGCUGACUUUGCCAAUGCUCCAAUUCGCGGUCUCUCGAUUUGGAAAAACACUGCGAAAACUGAAGCUUAGGCCGACUGGAAGUGGGUUCUUACCGGAGGAAGAUAUCAAAAUCCGUGCGGAACACAUUGGCCUGAUUUCUGAGGCGUGUCCUUCGCUGGAAGACCUGACGAUCACGGUGGCCGUUCCCUCGUUUCGUUCACAAUCGGCGGAAUUCACGGGGAUGUGCCAGGGCAUCGCACGAAUUCGCCGUCUACGGAAUCUUUACCUGACCCUCCGUUCGACGACAGAAGAAGAUCCGAUGAAGUUGAGCUUACGAAGGAGGCCUCGGAUCGACCGCAACGGGCGAUUCCUUUCGCCAACCUUCCCGACGGAAGAACUCACAGACACAUUUGUGAGGGCAGCCUGGGACACGAUCUGUAAGCAGGGCUCUCGCUUGGAGUCGAUGCAGAUGGAUACUCUAUAUCGGUGGGGCGGCACGCGCAAGUCGGAAAGGGUUUUCCAGGUGCGCAGAGUUGGGGCCGCAGCCCACUUUGAAGUCCUACUCGACCGCCCCGCGCUGAAGCAGGCCGAAGGUUUGCCUCAGUCGUCCCUUCCCUUGUUGGUCAGCAACCCUGAAUUGGCAAGCAAAAGCAGACAGCGUCAAGGGCCAGUCUCGUCCCGCGAUGGAGCCUGUCAGGGCAAAGAUGUCCCUGAGGCCGAUACAAUCCGUCUUUACCCAUUCUCAUCAAAACCAGCAAUCCUUCGAAUAAGCACUAACCCAAAAGCAUCCGGUUUGGUCAUUCUCAAGGUCAGGUACGUACCUACUCAGAUACGUAUCCUCUUCAGGCUGCACAGGGGCAAGACCCGUCUUGCGAAGUGGUACGCGCCCUACAGCGACGACGAGAAGAUCAAGCUCAAAGGCGAGGUCCAUCGCCUCGUCGCGCCGCGCGACCAGAAGUACCAGUCCAACUUCGUCGAGUUCCGCAACAACAAGAUCGUCUACCGGCGCUACGCCGGCCUCUUCUUCUGCGCCUGCGUCGAUACCAAUGACAACGAGCUGGCAUUCCUCGAGGCUAUCCACUUCUUCGUCGAGGUCCUCGACGCCUUCUUUGGCAACGUCUGUGAGCUCGACCUCGUCUUCAACUUUUACAAGGUUUACGCCAUCCUCGACGAGGUCUUCCUCGCCGGUGAAAUCGAAGAGACGAGCAAGCAGGUGGUGCUGACAAGGCUGGAGCAUCUGGAUAAGCUGGAAUAA